AAGUAUAGAAGUCACAAAGUGUGGGUUUGUAUCACAGCACUUAUACACAGAAGGACGAAAACACGGGGAAAAACUUGUCUGCAUUUUCCGUUUUCGCCUUAUUUUUGUCUCCACAGGGACCGGUAGAUGUCGUGAGAACCGGUUUUGUGAAUUAGGGACAGCGUAUAGCUUGUCUCAUGUGGACCCUGGAAUUUUUGAAGCUGGAGUUAGUUCUCCACCAGCAUAGACAAACAUGAAGGAAACUGGAUCUGCUGCAAUAAAGGCUGCUCAAGAAGCAGCUGCAAAGGUUGAUGCAAUGUUGGUGGCAUCAGGGCAGCUCAAGCUCUCUGAGCUUCACAAGAACCGGACCAAAAACAGUAAAUCAAAUGACCUCUCCAUUGAAGAGGUUGUUAUUAAUGAUGCCCCCAUGAGUGCCAGGAAUUUCCUCACUCGGUCAUCAACACAGGAAGAGAUUAGUAAAAUGUCUGGUGCUGCAGUGUCGACACGAGGCAGAUACAUGACCCAGGAGGAACAAAAAAACCCAAACAAGAACCCAGGUGAUCGCCCUCUCUACCUCCACAUCCAGGCAGUGAACCAGCAAGAUGUGAAAGUGGCAGUUGGGCGCAUCAUGCACAUCAUCAUGGAACAUAGUCACCGCAAGGGACAUGGCAUGCCUCGUCCGAGGGGUCCUAGACCCAACCCUGCUCCAGGCCUGAUGGGUCCAAGGCCCGGGAGUGGCCCAAGAGGUCCCCGUCCAAUAGUGUUCAGGCCUCCGAGACCAGACAUGUCUGCCCCCCCUCCACAGUCACAGCCUCCUCCUCCACUGACUAAUAUAUUUAGGGAAAAGGUCUUUCUGCCUGUAAAUAUUGGACUCAACCCAACUGAAGUGCGAGCACGCCUGCUGGGGGAGAGUGGAAUGAAUCUGCGAUACAUUCAGGAUGAGACUGGGGUUGCCAUAUCAAUUCGUGGCAUCGGUUCUGGCUACCUAGAACACGCAACUGGCCAGGAAGCACAGGAUUCUUUGCACUUUUACUUAGAACAUGACAACCAAGAACAGUUUAACCAGGCAAAAGAGCUAGUAGUGAAUCUAGCUCAGACAGUCAUAGUGGAGAUGCAGCAGCAGUUACAGCAACAGCAGCAGCAACAACAGCAACAGCAACAACAGCAGCAACAUCAGCAAUUGCAGCAGCCAGCUCCAUUGUUUACUCAACCUCCUCCUCAGCAACCGGAUCUGGCUUUAGGUGGAGGUGGUGGAAUUGGCCAGCCCCACAUUGGGCCUGUACAAGUUGCCCCACACCAGCUCUCAGCCCCACAGCCACCACCCCCACAGAUGGUACAUUCCCAGAUGGUGCCUCCACAAGUCCCUCCCCAUUCUCAGAUGGUUCCCCCACAUGUGGGCCACCAUCAGAUUGCUCCUGCAGGGGUUCCCAUGCAGGGCCAGGUAGGGGGUCCUCAAGUGAGUGCAGGUGUGAUGCACACAGUGCUGGCCCCUCACCUUCAGGCAGGGGGUGGGGUUGUCUCUCAAGAAGUAAUUCCGCAGCAGGAGGUUAUUCAGGCCACAGUGGUGUCCUUGCCACAACAGGUGGUCCACCUCACAGCACCACCGGUUGUCUCUAGUACGGCACAGGUGGCAAACCAACAGUUGGUGCAUACAUCCUCGGGCACGCAACUGGUGACCUUACCUCCAGGGACGCAGAUCAUCAAUACAUCAGAUGGGCCACGUCUAGUGGCGAUAGCAACAGGAACACAAGUUGCUGCACCUGUGGCUCCUGUCCCUCCCAGUCACCAGUCCCACCCAGGUCCUCUGCAUGACCCCCAAGGAGUGCCCAGUCCCUUGGUGCAGCAACAGCAGCCUGUCCCCCAAACACUGUCUGCUACAGUUGGAACCAAUCAUGUUGCCAUUAAUCAUUCCCCGAUUUUGAGUGAUGGUGGAGCCCCACCAAGUAUAACAAGAUCUUUGGGACUCAGCAGUUCAUAUUCAACGCCUUCAAUUUCAAACACUAUAAGCACUACAAGUCCUCACACUAGUGUGGCUCCUCAUGGCAGUCUUGAAAGUCCUUAUCCUCCUAAUGUCAGUGCUUCAAUUCCUCCUCCUAGUACCUGCAUGGCACUUGGAGUGCCACCUCCAGCAGCUGGGAUAGGAAUGCCCCCCACUGUAACUGCUAAUGCCAGUACUGUGUCUCUUGUGCUCACACCUGGGGUGAAUACAACCACCACCUCAGGAGUUGGUCUUCUUGUUCCUCAGGAUCCAUCAGUUGCCUCUGGUCAGUUGCAUGUCAACCAGUCGGUAGUUGUGGCUGGAGUUCUACCAACCUCUCAGCUCCAUCAGCCACAGCAACAGCAACAUCAGCAAGUUCCUCAGACUGGUGCCCACUCUACUUUCCUAGGCCCGGCUCCCAGUCACCAGAUGGGCCCUUCAGGGUAUCCUACUUCUCAGACACCAGCUGAACAGCCAGUGAGCUCAGCUUACAUACCUACAGAUUCUGCUGGUCAAGGUUAUAGUCAUGCAGGCACAACCAUAACCAGCAAUACUAGUCAUUAUGGGCAGGUACAUCCACAGCAGCAAAGGCCUGUGGGUGUAGGAUUUCCUCCUGUAGGCAUCAGUAGUGGUGGGGAAGGUGCACCUCCUCCUAGAAUAGAAUAUCAGGGACCAGGAGGCCCUGGGGUUAUGCCUGCUCAUCUACAUGUCAAUCAUCUUCAGACACAUCACCAGGCCCAGAAACCUGAUCAACAGCAGCAUCAGCAGCAGCACUUACCUCCUCCGGCAACUUACUAUAAUCAACCUAACCACCCAGAGCCGAGACCUGUAUCACUAGAGCAACAGUGGCAACAGUUCCAGCAACAGGUGAAGGUUGAAGGAGGACAGCAGCAGUAUGACCCCUACUCGGCUACUGAAGAAGGGGAUCAUCAGGACAAUACUAGGCAGCAGCAGCAGGCAUCACAUUCAAAUCUAUCAAGUGUACAACAACAACCUACUUCACAAGCUCAACCACAGCAAUCUUCACAGCUGCCUCUACAGCAACCACAACAUUUUAAUAAUUUUAGUGAUCAGCAACAGCAGCAACAAUCAGGGAAUAGGGAGAAUGAUGGUAGAGGUCCAAGCAAAGAAGAAGGGAAAUCAUCUGGGAGAGAAAGUCCUCAGAAUUCUUAUGCAUAUUAUUAUGGAGGUCAGCAAGGCCAUGGUGGUCAGACUCAGCGUACUGGUCCUCCAUCUCCUGAAAGACAAGAACACCCGGGGCAGCAGCCUCCUCCUGAUCAAAGAUAUCAGGGUAAUGGACAGCCAGAUGCUGCACAGACUUCGCCAAGUCAGCAGCAACGGGGAUCUCCUCUAGGACAUAAUACACAAGGACCAGCUCAGCCAGGGCAGCCUCAGCAGCCAUACCACCAAGGACAGUAUCAAGGAGGGCAGUUUGCAGUGUCUGUUCAGCAGACAGAUCAGAAGCACCAAGAAGGGGGAAGCCAAGAAGAUCAGUAUCAAGCAAAUAAACCAGAAAUUCCUUCCACAUACCAGCAAGUGGCCCAUCAACCAGGGCAAUUUCCUCAAGGCCCACCAAAGGAAGGCUUAGCUAUAAUUGGUGGAUCCUCGGAAUCACAUUUUCCCCAGGGGACGCCACAUCAUGGGCCUCCCCAGCAAGGAUCUGCAUCACAGGGGCCUCCCCAGCAAAUACCACCUCAGCAGGGGGCCCCAGCAGAAACACAGUAUCAACCAGGACCUCCACCAUUACAGCAGCAACAGCAGAGUCAGCAAUAUCAGCCAGGACAGUAUACCCCAGCUGGACAGUACCCUUGGGCACAAUAUCCACAGCCCACCAGUGGUCCUGGGCCAUAUCCAGGAGGUCCUGGUACCUUUGGGAGCAGUCCUGGACCUGGGCCAUACUCAAGUGGGCCAGGACCUUAUAAUGGACCUGGCGGGCCAAGCACAGGUGUUCCCUACACUGCAGCAGGACCAGCUGGCUCUAGCCCAUAUCCAGGAACAAGCAAUGGGCCAGCAGGACCAAGUCCAUAUCCUGUAGGACCUAGUGCAGCUGGAGGACCCACACCCUAUGCCGUUGGACCUGGACCUAGUGAGGAUAGGCAACCCAUGUUGCAAGACCCAAAAGCAGACCCAGGGGUGGCCAGGGAUGUGACUGCAUCCCUGCUGAUGCCUCCACCACCCCCUCCCCCUCUGGCCGAGUCCCUGCAGGGUGCUGGGGGGAACAACCGAGGGAGAGAGGAGAACCCAGACCACGGCCUCAAGAGACAAAGAUCAUGUAGCCCGCAAGAUGAGAGAAAGUCGGCCAGGAGGUCCAGCAGCGAUUCGGAUGACUCCUCAGUUCGAGAAAGCAGUGGUCCAGGCAGACCAAAUGGUCCCGAGGGACCUCCAGAUGGACCUGGAGGACCUUUCUCUGGCCCCGGAAACUUCCAAGGAGGCCAGGGAGGCAACUUCCCGGGUGCGGGAGCAAAUUUUGCCGGGGGACCUGGAGGAUUUCCGGGCGGGCCCGGCUCCUAUAUGGGGCCAAGUGGACCUUGGGGCUGGGGACCAAUGCCCGGACCCUACUCAGGAAUGCCCAUGGGCCCUAACCCCUUCAAUGGGCCACCUGGAAAUCCCAUGGGUAACCCCCAGGCACCCUACAACAGGAACAUGCGUGAGAGGCCUGACGGAGAUGAGGGCGGCAGCGUGGGAGGAAGCCGUAGGGGCGGGCGAGGUGGUGGCGGCAGAGGGGGGUUCAGCCUCGGUGGGCGCGGGGGCAGGGACAGACGUUGGUAAAACCAUAAUAAUCAUGUACAGUCUUUUUUGUAUGCACUUGUACAGAGAGCCACUUUGUCCAUGGUUGAGCUGUGAAAACAUAAGGUGUGAAUGUAUUUAUUUGAUCGUGCUUGGGUGAAUAGUUGAGAUUUAAUGUUCAAGAUGCUAUCCUGAUAGGUGAUUUCAUUGUGAUUUAAAGAAUUACAGUACUGUAUAGAAAGGAAGUUACAAUGGUAAUAUUGGCAAGAACUUCCUGAUUAUAAAACCUGAUGUAAAGCUAUUUAUUCAGAAUGGCUGCCUUAGAACAAAAGAAAAUAUGAGUAAGGAAGAUGUAUUAAAUCUUUCAUACUGUAUGUAAGAGUUAAGGAGAUUUGAUGAAGGUAUUUAUCUACUGAAGAAUGUUGUCUGUUAUUUGAUACCUGAAGUAUGUGUGUAUAUAUAUGACCCUAGAAAAUGUGAGGAUGAUUGCUCAAUAUCAUAGUGAAGAUCUUCCAUACAGUAUGCAUCAAAUGUAUCUUGCUCAUAGUACAUCAGAAUUUAUGUAAAUAACAAACUGCAACAUCUUCAUUUACCCUGUAUAUAAUACACCAGGCGUUCUGAGUGUCACAGAACUUCAUAUUGAAUUUCUUUAUUUUUUCUGCUCAAUUUUGAUUGAGUAGCCUACCAAAUAUUAUUGUUAUUAUUUGUAAAUUGUGUACGACUUCAAAACCUUAGGAAUAAAACAAGAAAUUGU